CUGGAUUUAGCACUCUUUCUCCAUCAACUUGAAAUCAAGAAAUCUGUUCAUUAAAAAAAAUGUUGUCUGUUUUCGACAAAUCGGUGGCGAAAAGCCCAGAUGCAUUGGCGCAGCACCCACAAAAUGAAUCGCUCCCCGCACUCGAAGACAAAUUCUUGGCCACCUAUUUCUCGUCCGUACAUCCCGGCUCCGUCAUCAUCAACCUUGCCUCCGCCGGAUUCAUGGCCUACUCUUCCGACAGACAAAACCCCAUUCUCCCCAGGCUGUUUGCAGUUGUGGACAACAUAUUCUGUUUGUUCGAAGGCAACAUCCAAAACGUCGCUCACCUCAAGCACCAGUACGGGUUAUGCAAGACUGCGAAUGAGGCGAUCAUCGUUGUUGAGGCUUACAGGACGUUGAGGGACAGAGGGCCGUAUCCUGCUGAUCAAGUGAUCAGGGAUAUUGAAGGGAAGUUUGCGUUCGUCCUCUUUGAUAGUGCUUCCAACAGUGCAUUUGUUGCAAAUGAUGCUGAUGGAAGUGUUCCCUUCUUUUGGGGGACUGAUGCGGAUGGCCAUCUCGUUCUCUCUACUGAUGGAGAAGUCGUGAAGCAAGGUUGUGGCAAAACCUUUGCUACCUUCCCCAAAGGGUGCUUCUACACAUCUUCUGGAGGCCUCCAAAGCUAUGAGCAUCCCGUAAACGAACUGAAGGCCGUGCCAAGAGUCGACAGCUCAGGCGAAGUGUGCGGUCUAACCUUCAAGGUGGACGCAGAGACUCGCAAAGGGAACACGGGAAUGCAUAGAGUUGGAAGCGAUGCGAAUUGGUCCAAAAACUACUAAUCUACUUACUGACUUCAUCAUAUUUAUCUACUAUGGUGUGAUCAAAUUGAGCAGUGUCACGUCUUUAAUGCUUUGUAGAACAAUGCCAAUUUCUUACUGUUGUUGAAGCCAUUUUGUUGGCAUACAUAAAAGCAAUAAUAAAGACUCUUUUCGAGCCA